AUUUAAACAAUGUAUGAGAUGUCUGAUCCACACUCCUGACCAGUUGGUGGCGGUAAUGCACCACAGCGUUGUUUGCUAACCGCUAAUCAGGCUCAAAUGAGAAGAAGAAGAAGUGUUUUGCCGGAAGUGGAGAGACUCUGCAGGCUAGCAGGUAGCGAUGGCUUCCGCGGCCAUGGAUGCGACGUAAAUAAAUAACAACACACGCGCUUUGGUCGGUGUGUGAUUGUGAAGUGAUAGCGGUACAUUGUGAAGGGAGAAGAGAAUAAAAGAAAAGAACAAAUAGAACUUGUGUCAUGGCGACCGGGAGCGGCGGCGGCUUGGCGUCAAACCAUGAUUGUCAGGAGGUUGCCUCCAACUCGGCUCAUUCUGGAGGAGUCGCCGCGGCGAUAGCCAACGUGCCAGCCUCCGGCCCUGCACCGUCCGCCUCCCCGCCGGUGCUCGGCCUCCACCGGGAGCCCGUGUACAACUGGCAGGCGACGAAGAGCUCCCUGAAGGAGCGCUUCGCCUUCCUCUUCAACAACGAGCUGCUCAGUGACGUCAGGUUCAUCGUGGGGAAGGGCAGGCAGGCCCAGAGGAUACCGGCCCACAAAUUCGUCCUGGCCGCCGGCAGCGCCGUGUUCGAUGCCAUGUUCAACGGAGGGAUGGCCACCACCUCGACUGAGAUAGAGCUGCCCGACGUGGAGCCGGCGGCCUUCCUCGCCCUGCUCAGGUUCCUGUAUUCCGACGAGGUCCACAUCGGUCCGGAGACUGUGAUGACAACUCUGUAUACGGCCAAGAAGUACGCGGUUCCAGCACUGGAGGGUCACUGCGUCGAGUUCCUCACCAAGCACCUCAGAGCCGACAAUGCGUUCAUGCUCCUCACUCAGGCAAGGUUAUUUGAUGAACCCCAACUUGCCAGUCUCUGCUUGGACACCAUAGACAAAAGCACUGCAGAUGCAAUAAAUGCAGAGGGCUUCACCGAUAUUGACCUCGACACUUUAUGUGCAGUGCUCGAAAGAGACACGCUCAGCAUCAGAGAGAACCGUCUGUUCGGGGCGGUGGUACGCUGGGCAGAGGCCGAGUGUUACAGACAACAGCUUGCCCCGAACUCAGAGAACAAACAGAAGGUUUUGGGGAAAGCCCUCCCUCUCAUCCGCUUCCCGCUCAUGACUGUUGAGGAGUUUGCUGCUGGGCCUGCCCAGUCUGGAAUAUUGUUCGAUCGGGAGGUGGUAAAUCUGUUUUUACACUUUACAGUAAACCCCAAACCACGGGUCGACUACAUUGACAGGCCUCGCUGCUGCCUCAGGGGGGAGGAGUGCAGUAUUAAUAGAUUCCAGCAGGUUGAGAGUCGAUGGGGGUACAGUGGUACCAGCGACAGAAUCAGAUUCAACGUGAACAAAAGAAUAUCCAUAGUGGGUUUUGGCUUGUAUGGUUCAAUACAUGGGCCUACUGACUAUCAGGUCAACUUACAGAUCUUGGAGAGCGACAAACGCAUCACACUGGGCCAGAACGACACCGGUUUCAGCUGUGACGGCACGGCCAACACAUUCAGGGUGAUGUUCAAAGAGCCGGUGGAAAUCUUGCCCAAUGUCAACUACACUGCAUGUGCCACUUUAAAGGGCUCAGACUCGCAUUACGGCACAAAAGGGCUGAAGAAAGUGACCCAGGAAUCAGCGACGGGGACCAAGACGACAUUUUUCUUUUUUAGCUCACCUGGAAAUAACAACGGUACAUCAGUGGAGGAUGGGCAGAUACCAGAGAUCAUCUACUACACCUAGACUUAACGCUGAGUCAUGCAGGUACACUGAACCAGUGAGACCUCGGACUGCUGGGACACCUGGCUUGCUGGAGAUACACAUGUAACGUAGUGCCUCAUGAUCCCUUGGAAUAAAGAGUGUGGGUGUGUGUGUGUCUGUGCUGUAUGUGUGUGUAUCUGUCUGUAGGUUAGGCAGACAUGAGUGGGAAUGGGGAGACAGUUGAAGUGAAGUUGUGGAAAAUCACAGCUCUGGUGUGAAUAAACACUAUUUUGUAGGGCAUGACCUGUAUCAUCAUUUUUUAUAUGAUCUAAAUAUUGUUGUCCUGUGUCUGAGUGUUAUUAUGAGUUAGCUGCCAGAGCAGGAGUUCAUCCUGCGUGAGUGAAACUACAGAGAAGGCUGCCACGUGUUGGUUGAUGCCAUUUCAUCGUGUUAUUUUGUCAGUUUUUUCUGAUGCAUUUACCGAAAGUAUACUAUUUUCUUUUUUUUCUUCUUUUUUUUACUGUGCACUGUUCUCAUUUAUCAAGCAAGUGUCCUCAAGUACUUUGUUUUUGCACUGUGUUAAGGAUCCAUGCGUGUUGUAUAACUUUGCCAGUGGUACAUGCUGUAAUUUCUGACUUCAUGUUUGCUUAGCACUUAAUUCAAAUGUAAAAUACAAAUGAAGCUUUUUUGUCAAUAAAAUGUGGUCAGACCCAA